AUGUCGGAAAACUGCGCCGUUCCCCUCUGCCUCCCAAACAACUGCAAAUGGGACGAGCAGACGGGGGAAUACAGCACUAACGAAGAAGAAGAAAGAACCAGCCUCUAUGUUGUGAAUGCUGCCCUGGAACGAUUGAGGAGUGUUAAAGGUAAGUUUUGGAUUGCUUGAGAAUGAUCAUAGAAUAAUAUUAUUACCCUGAAAGUGAUUUUACGGAGCUAAAAAGGCUAUUUUGUGGCGAGAGAUUCGUGCCUAUGCAUAUAGCAUUUUAGCUGGAUACAACAUGCUUUUUGUAAUGUGUGAUCUGGAUUUUGUUGUAGGUCCAGUGUGCGUUGUAUCUAUUGCUGGUCCAUGUAGAAAAGGGAAAUCUUACAUCUUGAGUAAAGUUUUUGAUCAAGGCGAAGUUUUUCCCCUUGGACAUGAGUUGGACCCAGAGACUAUGGGCAUAUGGUUGUGGAUUGUACCAGAAAAAUUUCAGGUAAAAUACUUCUUAUCCGUAUAUUUCUUUUUUAAGACCUUUUGAAAAGGGAAUGAACUAGCUUCAAAUAAAUUCUGAAAAAAAAUAAUGUUGGUGUUAUUGAUAAAAAUUAGAAUGAUAAUCCAAAUAAAAAGCGAAAGCAAAGAGAACAAAAGGUUGAUUGCAAGGUAUUCAUAUUCUCUUGCAUAAGUUUCUUAGCAGUGUUCGCUGCUGAUCCCAGAUAAAUUUGUAUUUUGAAGUAACUUGGUCUACAUCUAGUCUUAAUCAAAACAGAAAUAUUGAUGAACACCAAAGAAUAUUACUUAUCGUAAAAUACUACAUCUUUGUGUAAUCCAUUUUUGUUUGUCUUUCUGCUGUUGUUGCUGUUGUUAUUUAUGUGGUUGAUGUUGUUUUCUGCUGUUGAUGUCACUGUUGUUGUAAUAAUGGCUGCUCUCAGGCUAGGAGAAGCUAGCUGAGGGUCUCGUUUAUAGUCAAACUAAAAUUAUGGCAAGAGAAAUUUUACUGUAUCUAAUAUCAAAUGUUACAUUUUAGUUACCAAUAUUUUUUCUCUCAGUUUUUUGUAUCUUUGAUGUUGUUGUCUUCCUUGUGAUAUUUUCUUCGACGUAAAAGGUUCAGUUGCUAUAUUAUCAAUACCCACAGGACGCCAGCGGACAGGAAUUCACAGUGGUGUUAUUGGAUUCAGAGGGAAUAGAUGCCAUAUCUGGGGAUCAUUCUGACGAUCACUGUAUUUUUACACUGACCAUCCUUCUGGCCUCAGUAUUGAUUUACAACUCUGCUGGUGUACCGACAAGGACUGAUCUUGACGGACUAGAGUAUCCUUGAUCGCUGAGGUGUUUCGUUUUGUAAGCCAACGUAAAUGAAAUCGGAAAGCUGCCGUUCAUAGUAUUUUAUAUAAUAAGCUCAGUUAUGUACGCAUUCUGAUUGGUUCUCACUUAUGAUCUAUUAGAGGACAGACGUAUAGAUGACGUCAUCAUUAAAACUUUUUUUCCGUAUAUUUUAAUUCUUUAUUAAAUAAAACAAAUAGAUUCCAAGUUGCCGUGCGUCUGUUCAGUAAUAGAUCACAGAGGACGUCAAAAUGUGAUAAGAACAUCAGUGACAUACUCGGCUGCGCCUCGUGUGCCACUUUUUUGUUCUUACCACAUUUUGACGUCAUCUGUGACCUAUUACUGAACAGACGCACGGAAACUUGGAAUCUGUUUGUUAAAUAGAGCUCUUCUCUAGACCACACGGAGAAUGUGGAUCCAUUUUUAGACUACAGACUGCUGGGUAGAAGAAUAAUAUGGAUAGAUCACCGAAUACGAUGAACUACGAUGCGUCCCUUCUAACUCUCGUUGAUUGAAAAACUUAUUUUAAAAUUAUAUUUGUCUGUUGAUGCUCUCUUGACUUUAAAACUACUCUCAGCUACAUUGUGAAGCUGUCACAGCGAAUUCAAAUUUUUUCAGGGAGUGAAACGUCAGAUGUAGCCAAAGCUUCUUUAGAAGAUGAUAAUGCAAAAGCCUUUCACAAGACUUUUCCUUUCUUCGUUUGGUUGCUUCGAGAUGUUGUUCUUGCCCUCCCUAAAGGUUGCCAUAGUAUAAAGGAUUACUUCUUGACCAAGGUAUAAUCAAUAAAUCUAUUCAAAAAAAUUUAUGUAUCUCAGUUCGAGGGGAACUGAUCUUCAAGAUAAUCGUAUUUAUAUAUAUUUUUUAUCUUCCUUACUUGUUCUCAAGGAAAUUGCCUCAGAAAAUAACAUAGUUUCCACUACCUUAUAAAAAAAUUUUUUUUCCCCAAAUUUAACAUUCCACAAUAAAAGAUAAAAUGUCAUUAGUUGCACAGUAACAUUUCAUAGACAGUACUUCAUUUCUGAAAUAAACCAAAGUAUCUUGAAGGUAACGACACAUAAUCUGCUUCAGUAGAAACAGUCUUUUUUAAAGAAAGAGAUGUAUACUUGUUCCAGGUAUUCAAGACUUCUGGGCCGAAAGCUGACAAAGCAAAAGAAGUGGCAGAGAGCAUCCUCAGUUAUUUUCCUGGAUUUGACGCCUUCAAGUUGCCACCCCCUUCGUCUGAUCCUGAUGUGGUGUUAAACCUCAACAGAGAUGAAGUACAAGAUGACGUUAACAAGUCCUUCAUUCGUGGAGUCGAUGAGUUUAAAUCAGUAAUGAGGUCUAAACUGACUCCAAAGCACAGCUUUAACGAGGCAGAGUUUGUGACUGGUGAAGGUAGAGUACUGAGAAAAAUUUUAAGUUUUGCUUUGCUUAUCCAUAAUUAUGAUCCUUUGGAAUCGACAGACCGCCUGACUAACUGACUGACAAAAACAUCCAGAUGCAGCUCGUUAAUUUGUCCACGAGUAAGUCUUUAAAUGUUUGGGAACACCUAUGGAACUUUGUAGUGAGAACAUUAUCAUUAAGAAUGAUAAAAAUUUCCACACUUUGUAGUGGAACAAUUGAUGCCGUUACUUCUUCAUUUACAUUGCUCAGUUUCUACUGGUUUAUGUCCCUCCGUUAAGACUCAUUUGUUUAACCGACAGUCUUAUAAACGAGUGUCGAGUUCUAAAACUUGUGAGAGUGACAAAAUGAACGAACUUUUUAGCAAUCAGAAACGUAAACAUUUCUACAGGAAAAAUCUUCAAAGGCGACGAAUUAAGAACAAACUAUUGUACUAAAUUGAGCAAUGAUAUUAAAAGUUCGGCUGGAAUGUAAACAUAAUUUUGAUUCCGAUGCAAUUUGUGGAUAGAAAAUAAGAAACAAAAAAAAAAAAAGAAAAUUGAAAGCUUUCGGGAAAUCUAUUUCUGUCAUAGGAAAAUUCCUGACAAUAGCGAUAAGUGCGGACAAAAUAGAGACAUGAAGGGGCACUUAGAUUUUCUUCAUGAUGUAUCGUCUUGUUUUGAUACUGUUUAGCGCUCGCCACCAUGGUAACAAGCUACAUCACUGCUUUAAACACCCCAGGAACAGUUCCCAAUGUCCAAAACGCCUGGGAUGUCUUUGUCUCGACCAAAUGUACCCAGGCCAAAACGGCUGCCGUUGAAGAAUACGACAAAGAAAUGGAAAUGGAAAUGUCUGGAAAACUGCCGUGUGAGAGAGACAUCAUCCGUCAAGCUCAGCUGGCAGCUCUUAAGCGAGCACUGAAAGUGUUUGAGGAAGAGACGUUUGGAAUAUCCACCGCUAAUAUAGAAAAGUACCUAAACGAGUUAACGGUUAGUAGGAUUUCCUACACUUAUGUGCUACUGACACUUGAAAACAACUUCGGUUGUUUUAUACUCUUGAGUUAUUAAUUUUUUCUCGAAAGAGAGGAUUAUUUGCAGUGCGAAAUAAAUAUGUCUCUCUUCCUGAGAAUCACCAUCGUAGUUUUUAUCAAGGGGUCGUAUGGAGGUUUCUCCUUACGUGAACCAAUGUUCAGUAAUUACCAAUAAAGCUCCUUGAGAGCAGCAAAACUGCCUAUGAGUGAUGAACUAUCGAUAAAUUUUACCGGCACUGCAAAUGACACAACAUAUUACUCAUUGUAAGAUUCUCUUUGUUAACAAAUUUUGGAUAGGCGUACAUGGAAAAUGGCUUGAAUAGCUGGCAAGAACGAAACACCCAGCUUACCAAGGACAGCUGUAAGCAGCUGCUGAUUGGCCUUAAGCAUCAUCACCUUGAUCCAGUUCUGAUUCAACUGAGGGGAAAGGAUGGCGCAAAAGUUUCGUUUGCUGAAGUAAUGGGCUGCUACAGCGCUAUCGAGCAAGGAUUUAAGGCAGAGGCCACCGGAGCAGAGGACGUUUGUGCGCAAGUCUUUCUUGAUUUCCACCCCGUGAGUCACUUGCACUAAUCCAAGAUUCUUUGAUUGAGUGUUACGAAAACAUCGACGGCCAAUCAAAACAAUUAAAAGAAAAUAUCACAGGGAGCCAGAAGUAUAUCAAAAUAAACGCAUAUGACAUUUUUAAAUCGCGAAAAAUGUCUAUGGUUGAGCCGCGACUAGGUUUAAUUUUGCAUAUGUUUGGCGUCAGUUUUCCAGAUCAAUUUUAGAAUCAAGAAAUGAAAAAAAAUGCAAUUAAUUGAGGUACUAACAUGAAAUCUGUCCUGGAUCGACACCUUUUCUUCUAGAAACAAGACACGACGAGAGAGAAGGACGUUGUAGCGGGGUUAAAUUAUUGAUUAGGGUCUAUGUAUAUUUCAUGAUCAUCACUGAUGCUCUCUUAAUCUAUACGGCUCCGGCGUUAAAUUGAAAAUUGAUUUCAUUUUAUUAACUACGAGCUUUAUACUACAUCACGCAUGUUUAGAUAUUAGCGAUUUUUGCUUAACUUUAUUUGCUUUCUUUAAUGCAGGAGCUGCAAAAUGAGAUGGAGAAGCACAUGGAACAUUUGCAGCAACUUAAGGAUUUUGACGAGAACCUGGCGUACGAAAAAGAAGCGAGGGCACAAGAAAUGGAACAAAGAAAGAGAGUUGAGGUAUAAAAAACAAGCAGAUAAACUUAGCAAAAAUGAACAAACGACGACGAAAAAGAAAGCCGCUAAGUACCAUUGACAAAAUAAAUCGUACUCACUUGUAGCAUGUGAAAAAAAAAAGCGUUCCUUGGACUGUACCAUGUGAAGCUUUGCUCAUUAAUCUAUCUACGUAUAUGUAGUUGUUAAUUCAUUAUCAUCAUCUUGUGUCUUUGAUGUUUAGGAGGAGAAGGCACGUCUGGAAGAAGAACGAAUUAGAAAGGAGAAGGAGGUGUGCUCAAUUUUUUUCUCUGUAGUAAACUGUGAGAAGAAAAAAUUGAAACGUUAGCGUGUUGUUGAGACUUAGUUUUGGUUUUCCUCAAAGGAGAGGGGUCAAGAAGACCCAAUGACUCUUCUCUCAAUGGCUACGUUGCUCGCUUCCAAUCAAACCCACAAAUACUUAUAAAGACUUGAUAUAGUGCAGACAAAGAACAAUUCAAAUAGCUUUGUGUUUCUGUUUUUGAGCGUCAUGUGCUUGCUAAAAAGGUGGUGUUCUCUCACGAGCUUUUUGCUUUUUGCAAAACGUCUGUUACUGGAGUUGUCUGCAAGGCCAAGCUAUGCUUAGAAACGUCCCUUUAAAUUAAAACUGUCUUUCGCGACUUUUUGCUUAAAACUUAACCAUUUCAUAACAAUGCUGCGUAUUGCAUAGGGGUAAAGUUUAGAAGUGAUCCAUUAAUUGUCCUUUCAUUAACUAGUCUAUUUUCUUCAAUUUAGAUGGAGCUUUUAAAAGUGAAACAAGAGGAAGAUAGACGACGCCUGGAAGAACAACUGAGAUCCGACAUGGAAGAUCAGAGGGAGCAAAUGCAGAACAUGAUGAGAGCAAACAUGGAGCAGUUGCACAGAGAAAGACAAAACGUCGUGGAUCAGAACAAGACACUGCAGGAGGCUCUGUCGGGCAUGCAACGCUCGAUGAAUGAAAGAAAUGAUCAGAUAAAAAAUCUUCAAAGGCAGAUUCAACAAAUUGCAAGCAGACCACCACCAUCACCACCCCCAAAAAAGAAGGGAUGUGUUGUCAUGUAA